CGGCGGGAGACGAGAGGUUUUUUAUCCGAUAUGCAGCAAGCUUUGAUUCUCAAAGAGGUCCAAAGGCCACUGGUACUAUGCAGGCGACCUAUUCCUGAGCCCAGUAGGAAUCAAGUUCUUGUGAGGAUCGUUGCAGCCGGAAUUAAUCCUCAUGACCAAAAGGGUCGAGACCGUGGUUUACUUGUUGAGAAGUACUUGCCUCAUGCGAUCCUAGAGAACGACAUCAGCGGUAUUGUCGAGAAGAUCGGACCAGACGUCCAAAGGUUCUCCGUUGGAUAUCGCAUCUUUGGGCAGUCUAAUAUCCUUUCGGGCGGUCCUGACCAAGCUGGCUUGCAGCAAUUCUGCAUCCUUCAUGCAAACUUUGCCGCUCCCAUACCCCUGCAUAUUAGCUUUGACGAGGCAGCGACAUUCCCCGUUAAUGCCAUUGCGAGUUUUAUCGCCCUAUUCGAUUCGUCUGGAUUGGAUCUAGCACCAAAGUUUCUGGGCCACGGGGUGGACUACGCGAAUGAAGCGAUUCUCAUCAUUGGAGGUAGCUCUAACAGUGGGAAAUUUGCCCUUCAGUUCUCUCGUCUCGCAGGCUUUGGGAAGAUUAUUACAACAGCGAAGGUCCGCAGCGAUGGGGGGCAAUCCCUCCGUGACUUUGGUGCUACUCAUAUUAUAGAUCGGGAGGCAGCGGAUGUGGAAGAUCAGAUCCGUGCGCUGGUGGGCGAUGACUUGUUGUACGCCUUUGACACGGUUAACGGUGCUUACUCGGGUGGUGUCAGCCACCAGCUGGCGCUCUCGCUUCUGUCGACCACGAAGAAAGGGUCCUUGGCAACAUUGGUGCGUGGAGAGGCUGAUCCUGCAAUUGCAGCUACAAAGACCGCUGGUUUCAAGAAAAAUCAGAUUGUCGGAGUCAGUGAUCUGCACCAAGAGCUGGCUGCCAAGUUCUGGAUGGAGUUGCCAGGUUGGAUCGAGAAGGGUGAGCUGAAGCCGCUGGACUUUGAAGUCAUAGACGGAUUAGACGCGAUGAGAGUCGACAACCUGCUGGACGACUACCGUGACGGUAGAGAGGUAAAGAAGACUCAUGUGCAUCCCUGGGGACUCCAUUCUUGAUAUGCAGUUGCCUAAAUUAACGCCAAACUGUCACAUAUAAAAAGUACUAUUCCAAGUAUCGCC